CUCUGCCAGGAACUUCCUCUCUGCUUCUAAUUAUCUCCCUUGCAGACUUUUUAGCUAAAAAAACAAAGCUCAAAAAUCAUAUCAACCUCUAAAAAAGGUGCUUACAGGAGAAAAAUAAUAAAACAGUAAGAGUCAGGCUGUCGAAAUAUGGGUGUGAUUAAAUUCUGUACUAAAUAGUCGGACUAUUAUGGUGUUGAAAGCCAAACUGUAGACAGAAGAGAGAUCUGAAUCUCAUUUGGUGCUUAGUUAUAUGUUCUUGCUGAGAUAAGUUGGUAUCUUAGGAGGAAUUGACAGAGAUGGGGAAGUCUGGAAAAUGGCUUAAAAGUUUCUUGACAGGGAAGAAAGACAAGGAGAAGGAGAAGAAGGGUACAACUCAACAGAAUUCAACACCUAUUAUUGAGAAUCCAGUGACCCCAAGCUCAAUCCCACCAACUACUCCAAAAGAAAAAAGAAGAUGGAGUUUUCGCAGAUCACCAGCCACAGCAGCUGCUCCCAAGGACUCGAAUUCUACAGAACCAAUCGCCACCACACAGCCAGCUGCGGUGCAGGGAACGUUGGAUUCAGAGAAUGAACAGAAAAUGCACGCGAUGGCUAUGGCAGCUGCUGCGGAUGCAACUGUGGCCGCUGCACAGGCUGCAGCUGCUGUGAUCCGUCUAACUGCUUACACCUCCAGGAGAAACAGUACAAUCGAAGAGGAUGCUGCCGUAAAAAUUCAAUCAGUCUUUCGAUCUUAUUUGGCAAGGAAAGCAUUAUGUGCACUGAAAGGCUUAGUGAAGUUGCAGGCACUCGUGAGGGGUCAACUGGUGAGGAAACAGGCAACAGCUACACUCAGGUGCAUGCAGGCAUUGGUGAAUGCGCAGACUAGAGCUCGGGCUCAGAGGAUCUGGAUGGCUGAAGACGUAAAGCCCAGCCAGAGGAAUUCGAUCCACAGAAAGUCGACACAAGAGAAUAGGAUUAGGAACACAAAUGAUGAGAAUGAUAGAGGCAUGGAUCAGGAGAACAUCAAGAUUGUAGAGGUGGAUGUUGGAGAAUCGAAGGGAAGUAUAAAGAGCAGAAAUGGCUACUCUCAUCGUCCACAAACAGAUCUAACAGAGCAUAGAUUUUCCACACAUUAUGCCUCAAAUCAUGCGUACUCGAAGAUAGAGAACCACCAGAUCUCUCCAGCUCCAUCAGCUCUAACAGAUAUGAGCCCCAGAGCUUGCAGUGGGUAUUUUGAGGAAAAUUCCUUCAGCACAACAAUCAGCAGCCCUCAGUACUCCUCUGCAGUAUCAAAACCUGAUCCAUCAAGAAUUCCAUUCGCCUUACCAAGGCCAGAGUACGCAGAAUCUCUGUCCUAUGACUACCCAUUUCCAAAUUACAUGGCAAACACAGAAUCUUUCAGGGCCAAAGUUCGGUCACAUAGUGCACCAAAACAAAGGCCAGACUCAUUUGAGAGGCAACCAAGUAGGAGGAGGGCAUCAAUAGAGGGAAGGAAUGUCCCAAGGCCUAUGCGGAUGCAGCGGUCGUCUUCCAAUGUUGGAGCCACAGCUCAAGGCUAUAUAUAUCCAUGGUCAAUUAAGCUUGACAGAACAACAGUAUCACUUAGAGAUAGUGAGUGCGGAUCCACAAGUACAGUGCUCACAAACACCAAUUAUUGCAGUUCUCAUGUUGGAUUUGAAGUUCGUGGAAAUAGGUACUAACAGUACACUAGCCAGCCUUUGCAACUCAGUAUGUUGUGUGCCCCAAUAAAAUGACAUAUGCGGAAAGCUGCUGGAAUGUUGUGCAACUUUUCACCAAGUUUAAGCAAGAAAGAAACUGAAGAAAUUUAAAUCUUCAACGCAGAAAGCUGCUGGAAUAUUGUACGACUUUUCAUUCUUCUUCGUUCUAGUGUCAUUGUGGAGUGAAGUGUCGGAAACCCCCAUGUAGAGUCGUAAUCUUUUUUCAUUUUCCCAUUAUAUGGACUAACGUCUUCCUUAGCAGAAGCACAAAUGCAAAGACAACUAACGUGUGAGUAAAUGCAGGAACGCAGUUUAAUUAACUGCUUAAAUUAUAAUGUGUCCAUAAAAAAAUUAUUUGAGAGUGAAUUGUUCUCCCCA